AUGAUUUUGAAGAUUGUGGAUGAAUUUUAUUUAUAUACUCUAAAUAGUGUGUAAAUAUGUGUCCAUUAUUAAUUAAUUAUGCAACAACUUUUCGAUUGUCCAAUAUGUUUAUAAACAUUGUUACAACCAAUUACUUUAACAUGUGGCCAUACGUUUUGUAAACCAUGUGUUCGAAGUAAAUACUUCUAUCAAAGUUACAACUCAUGUCCAGUUUGCAGAGCACCAAUUUAGAUAUACUUGAACUAGUUUAAGGUGAACAUUUUGUUGGAGAAUCUUAUCAAAUAGGAAUUCAAUAGUGAAUAAAAUUAUUAGUUGAGAGUUUUAAAUUACCAAAAGAGAAUGGAUUUGAGAAAUAGAAGAAAAUGGUAUCACACAAUGAUGAUAAUUAUUAUUGAAUAUUCUAAACGUUUAUGA